AUGAAGUUUUCACUCUUGCUUGUGGCCUUCAUGGCCCUGGCAAACUGCACUUUGGUCUUCUGCCAGGACGAAUUCCCACCUUUUGGCUUCGAAUUCAAUGUCGCGGCCCUCAAGAUCAUGCGCUUCUUCAAGUGUGCUGACCCCAAGGGCUUUUUUGAGCCGCCCGACGGCGGCGCGGCCAUCGCAAUCGACUUCAAGGAGCCUGUGUUCGACCCCCAAGUCGACGUUAGCAUUGCCCCGGUGGGAGGACAUACGGUCGAGGGAUCCACUGCGGUCGAGGCCCUUCUCACGAACAACGCCAUGAUGUCCAUCGAUGUGUUUCGGCCCGGAUCGAUUCUGGACAUGCGCACUAUCUCCAAAGCGAAUGUCUACUACGCAGCCAACAACACCGAGGUUCCCUUUCAAGGCGUCGAGGUUUUCACGAACAGAAAUGUCAGCACCGACAAGGACUGGAUCACCAUCCCUGUUGGCCAAUGCAAAUCUACCCAAUUCGAUGUUGCUGACUCAUAUGACCUUUCUGCUGGUGGCGACUACUAUUACCAGAUCGACACGCAUACGCUUGCCAGGCACAGCAAACAACACGAUCUUGAAAAAUCAGUGCGUCUCGUCAGUAACAGGCUGUUGGUGAAGGACGUCGAUGGGGCCCUGGCCGCCCAGGGCCUAGCUGCUCAGGCAAAACAUUCCGACCUCGCCAAGACUGAUUUCCUCAUCGCCCAGCAGAGAUGCCUUAUAGAACAGCAAGAUAUCUUGAAACAGGCACAGAAAUGGGCGACGAAGAUGGCGAUAGACGGCGCUUGGCAUGCUUUGAUCAGCGACGAGGCCUCAAUGUCCAGGGACUGGUUCAUCCAUUUCUACCACACGAACUCGGCGCAGGCCAGAUGCUAUGUCGUGGACAUGUUGAUCAAGUUUGCCGAGAAGUUACGCACUGAUAACCGUUACAGACGUAUCGAUUGCAUCGAUCGACUGCAGAUGUGCAACCCAACCACGAUGGCGUAUUCCGAGGUCCGUCCUGGCAGACAGUAUGUCCAAGUCAUCCAUAUCUGCCCAGCAGCUUUUACAACGUUAUUCGAGCACACCCCUAACGCCGGGGUUUUGGACUUGGCGAUGGUGCUGUUUACCAAAACCACGACCCUUCCGGUGUACGGCGGAGAGGCGCCAGUACGAGGACAAGCCCAGAGGUCCUUUCUCAGUGAAGAUGUCAAUGGCCUGCCCAUGGCUGCACUACUACCGUGGGAGGUAGCGAGCAGGAAUGCCGAGACCUGGACCUACUAUAUCCAGUGGGCGAACCUCUUGCCCAACUAUCCGCCCGCCUGA